AUGGCAUAUGAUCGGCUUCGCAAUGGAAUGAAAAGCAUCCAAACGCUUUUCAAGUUCAAUAUACCGAUGAUCUUGCCCCGGAGCGGGUCAUUCCAUCUCGUUACCUCCCCAACGAUGAUUAUCCAGUUGGCUCCGCAGAAGAUUACGAGGGCCAGCGAGAAGCAGCUUUAUGAUGACGGGACGGGCAAGAAGCAGUUGGGAGCGCACUUCAAGUCAUUUUUUGAUUCCCUCUCACAAGUGCGAGCUGGUGUCGAAGGUCUGCCUGAGCGAGAUGGUUCUUGUGCAAUCUUCCAAUGGGGUGAUAUGCACAGGCUGGCGCCCCAACCAGCUUUCACUUUAUGGGUGAACGAGCACCAGGUGAAAUUCAAGAUAGGUACGUCGGGAAAGCCCAUCACUGUCAAAAACGACGGCAACAUCUAUAUUGUCAAGGAGGUGGGGUUUCGUCGGCGCGAGCAGGCGAAGGUGCCCAUCACCAACUACGACGCCAAACGCCGUGAUGCUGGCGGUGUUAAAGCAAAAGGCUGGCCAGAAGGAGAAAUUCACUUCUAG